AGAGGCAGCAGCCUUUGGCUGAGCCACAGUUCCUUUCAAAGCCUCACAGCAGCACUCCAGAGGCAGAAAGAUUUGAAGGCAAAUUCUAAUCUGCAAUCUGACAACUUUCUCCUCUUGCACUAUCAGCAAGGCAACAUAUAGUCUACACGCAUUUCAGGCACAAAGAAGAAAAGUGGACGGAUUUUUUUCUCUGACUUAGCAAGAUUAAUUCAUUUUUUAAAACAAACUUCAAUACAACUAAGUGCAUUUCUGCAAGUGUCAAAGGAUAGCCUGAUUCUUCCGCAACAUGACCACCCAAAUAGACACUAGCAUGCAUUACAACUAUGAGUACGAAGAGGAUGAGUAUAUGAACCAAGAAGAUGAAUGGGACAGAGACCUACUUUUGGAUCCUGCGUGGGAGAAACAGCAAAGGAAGACAUUUACAGCCUGGUGCAAUUCCCACCUUCGGAAAGCAGGCACCCAGAUUGAGAAUAUUGAAGAGGAUUUCAGGAAUGGCCUUAAACUGAUGUUACUAUUGGAAGUCAUUUCAGGAGAAAGACUUCCAAAACCAGACAGAGGAAAGAUGCGUUUCCAUAAAAUUGCAAAUGUCAACAAAGCCUUGGAUUUCAUAGCCAGCAAAGGGGUUAAAUUGGUCUCAAUUGGUGCAGAAGAAAUUGUAGAUGGAAAUAUAAAAAUGACCUUGGGUAUGAUCUGGACUAUCAUCCUUCGCUUUGCCAUUCAAGAUAUUUCAGUGGAAGAGACAUCUGCCAAAGAAGGGCUGCUGCUGUGGUGUCAGAGGAAAACUGCUCCUUAUCGAAAUGUGAACAUUCAAAACUUCCAUACUAGCUGGAAAGACGGUCUUGGCCUCUGUGCGCUUAUCCAUAGACACCGACCGGAUCUUAUUGAUUAUUCCAAGCUAUCUAAGGAUGAUCCUUUGCGAAAUAUAAACCUUGCUAUGGACGUUGCAGAAAAAUAUCUAGAUAUCCCAAAGAUGUUGGAUGCAGAAGAUAUUGUGAAUACCCCCAAGCCUGAUGAGAGAGCUAUCAUGACUUAUGUUUCCUGCUUUUACCAUGCUUUUGCUGGAGCAGAGCAGGCGGAAACAGCAGCUAAUCGGAUUUGUAAGGUACUUGCUGUGAACCAAGAAAAUGAAAAGUUGAUGGAAGAGUAUGAAAGACUAGCAAGUGAGCUUUUAGAAUGGAUUCGCCGUACAACUCCUUGGCUUGAAAACAGGACCCCAGAGAAGACUAUGGCAACUAUGCAGAAGAAGUUAGAGGACUUCAGAGAUUAUCGUCGAAAACACAAGCCUCCCAAAGUCCAAGAAAAAUGCCAGCUAGAGAUCAAUUUUAAUACAUUGCAGACAAAAUUGAGGAUCAGCAACAGACCAGCUUUUAUGCCAUCCGAAGGGAAAAUGGUUUCGGAUAUUGCCAGUGCUUGGCAAAGACUUGAACAAGCAGAGAAGGGCUAUGAGGAAUGGCUGCUGAAUGAAAUAAGAAGGCUUGAACGACUUGAACAUCUGGCUGCUAAAUUUCGACAAAAAGCAUCUUCGCAUGAGACAUGGGCAUAUGGGAGAGAGCAGAUUCUGCAGCAAAAGGAUUAUGAAGCGGCUUCUCUGACUGAGAUCCGUGCUUUGUUGAGGAAACAUGAGGCCUUUGAGAGCGACUUGGCUGCUCACCAGGACAGGGUGGAACAGAUCGCUGCCAUUGCCCAGGAGCUGAAUGAAUUGGACUAUCAUGAUGCUGCAAGUGUCAACGAUAGAUGUCAGAAGAUAUGUGAUCAAUGGGACAGGUUGGGGACGCUCACGCAGAAACGGAGAGAGGCACUGGAGAGGACAGAGAAACUCUUGGAAACAAUUGAUCAGCUUCACCUGGAAUUUGCAAAGAGAGCUGCUCCAUUCAACAACUGGAUGGAAGGUGCAAUGGAAGAUUUGCAAGACAUGUUUAUUGUUCAUAGUAUAGAAGAGAUCCAGAGUUUAAUCACUGCUCACGAGCAGUUUAAGGCGACUUUACCUGAGGCAGAUGGUGAAAGGCAAGCUAUCUUUUCAAUCAAUAACGAAGUGGAGAAAGUAAUUCAGAGUUACAGCCUCAGAAUAAGUGCCAGCAAUCCUUACAGCACAAUUACUCUGGAUGAAAUCCGCACCAAAUGGGAUAAGGUAAAACAACUUGUGCCCAUAAGGGAUCAAUCACUGCAGGAGGAGCUGGCCCGUCAGCAUACCAAUGAACGCCUGCGCCGCCAAUUUGCUGCUCAGGCCAAUGUCAUUGGGCCCUGGAUCCAAAGUAAGAUGGAGGAAAUUGCUCGAACUUCUGUUGACAUAAUGGGGCCAUUAGAGGACCAGAUGACUCAAUUAAAGCAGCAUGAGCACAAUAUUGUCAAUUACAAACACAACAUUGAUAAACUGGAAGGAGACCAUCAACUGAUACAAGAAGCACUGGUGUUUGAUAACAAGCACACCAACUAUACAAUGGAGCAUAUCCGAGUGGGAUGGGAGCUAUUAUUGACCACUGUUGCCCGAACGAUCAAUGAAGUUGAGAAUCAAAUCCUUACAAGAGAUGCCAAAGGAAUCACCCAGCAGCAAAUGAAUGAAUUCAGAGCAUCAUUUAAUCACUUUGACAGGAAAAAGAAUGGGCUUAUGGACCAUGAUGAUUUCAGAGCCUGCUUAAUUUCAAUGGGUUAUGAUUUGGGGGAAGCAGAAUUUGCCCGAAUCAUGUCCUUAGUUGACCCCAAUGGCCAAGGAAACGUCUCCUUCCAAUCUUUUAUUGACUUCAUGACCAGAGAGACUGCAGAUACUGACACGGCUGAACAAGUUAUCGCUUCUUUCAGGAUCCUAGCUUCAGAUAAGCCUUAUAUUCUUGCUGACGAGUUGCUUCGAGAAUUGCCACCUGAACAAGCACAGUACUGUAUCAAGAGAAUGCCAGCCUACAAGGGUCCAGGAGCUGUUUCUGGAGCUCUGGAUUAUACCUCAUUUUCCUCAGCACUGUAUGGUGAAAGUGACCUGUAACCAGAGAUGGUCAAAGAGCUGGGAAUCAUGUAGCCCUUGAAAUUCUGUUGAACUGCAACUCUCAAAAGCCUUAGCCAGUAUAACCAGUCCUGAGGAAUUGGUAGCCACAACAUCUAGGGGGCCACACCAUGCCCAGUCCUGAAUUAGUUAGUUUGAAAAACUACAUAAAAUGUUAUAGUCUCUUUGAAAAGCUUGGUCAGCUGGAAAUGUGUUCAAGAUUAUAAUUUUAUCAAGUUUUAGCAUGUACAUACAGCAUGUAAUAAUAGCAGAGAUGCGGAAUAUAUGAGCUGUAAUUCAGGGUAGCAUUGGCUGAGUAACUCACUGUUGGCAAGGCCAAUGUUACUCAGAAUGGUGGUUUGUGGAUUGAGGCCAGUCUGUGCGCGAUCUGCUUCCAGGAAAGGAAGAAGCAAUUAUAGUGAAUGGGCACAAAUAUGGCCUCCUGGGGAGCAGGAAAUUGCCAGUCUCUGAAAUAAGAUAAGUAAUGUGCUAGGUUGAACUGAGACUCAGAAAAGUUGCAGUUGGACAUUUGUUGGGCCACAUGUUUCCCACCCCUGAACUAUAUCAAAUAAGAUGUGCAGCGUCAAUAUGUUUUUUGUUAUUUGUAUUACCUGUGCCGUUAUUAUAGAUAUUCAAGGCCACAUUGACUCAGCAGUGACUGGCUGGCUUUUUAAAGAAAAAUCAAACCCAAAAGAAAUACUUCUCUCGCUGUCAAGUUAAGAAGCCUCAGGAAAAAAAGUUUUAAAAAAUAGCCUUUUGAAAUUCUAACCUUACAUAGCUUUAAUAUUUAGGAAAUGUUUUAAGAAAACUUCAUGCUUUACGUGAAUCUUCCCGUAUCUCCCCCCAGGUGUCUCCUUUUUGCUUUCAUGCCAAGGUAAUGCUUUCAUCUACUGGUAUCAGAUUUGCAAUGCUUCUUGAAGAUGGAGCUGAAUAUGCCAGAGAAAUAAGAAAGUAAACCAAGCCAGACGCAAAACUAUGAAAUUUGAUUUUACUAUUUUAUGAAGGUGAAAUUUGUUUGAAUCUUAGUUGGGCUUUUAAUUAGCAUGAAGUCACAGAUCUGCAUGAAUUUAUUGCCCAUAGAUCCUGAUGGUAAUUUUAAAAUUUAGCACUGAAAGCACUACCUGGCUUUUGACAUGGCAGCUGAAAGGGCACACAUUUAUAGGGUAUUUCAAGAAAGCUCUCUGUGUCUGUGUUAGGGUUUGCCGCGCUUGGUCUUGAUUAAUGCCAAAUGUCUGGUUUAUUUAAAAUACACUUUGAAAUACUGUAUGAUGCUUUAUUGCUAGCAGUCUUCAUCUCAGCCGCCAUUAGAGCAGAGAUAGGUUUUCGUUGACCUUCAGUUUGUUGGCCUGCAAUUCCUGUCAGGCAUUGCCAGCCACCCAAUGAUGAGGGAUUAUAGGAGUUGUAGACUAAAAAUACCACAAAUCCCCAUCACUGCUGUAGAGCAAUAUCUUUUCUUUAAACCUGAAACCCUAGUAAGCACAGUAAACGCCAUUCAGUGCAAGUAAACUGCAGUCUUCACAAAUGCUAAUGAAAGCUUUACAGUCCAGUACAAUUUAAAUGUGCCUACUAAAUAAAGUCUGCUUUUCAAACCAUGA